AUGGCUUCUCCCCGGCGAGAAUGUGGCCCCGACGAGCCCCUGUGGGAGACGUCGCGCCUGCUACGGCAGCAAAGGAGGAGCCUGCCUGAGGGAGCACUCUGGCCGGAUCAGGACUCGGCCUCACUUUCAUCCUGCAGGUGGUUCUGCUUAAAAACAGCAAAAGACUCCUGCCGCUCCAGCUGCUGCUCGUGUGCUCGUUCGGCGCGUUCCUGCCACCUCUUUUGUGAAGCGGCAGCUGAGGAGACUCCAGAGCUCACCCUGGGCGAGGAAAAGCCCAAGGACGGAGUCAAGACCGAGAACAACGAUCACACUGAUUUGACGGUGGCGGGUCAGGAUGGCUCUGUGGCGCAGUCUGCCAUUAAGAGGCACGCCCCCCUGAGGAAACGGAUGAAAGCCGAUUGCGAAUGACAGGGUUUGUUGGUGAGGCAGAUUCCGAUUGACGGGCAGCCGAUCAAUGAAGCAGACACACCUGCACAGUUGGAAAUGGAGGAUGAAGAUCCAACUGCUGUGUUCCAGCAGCAGACGGGGUGCCUGCCGAAAAGGGGAGCUGCUGCUUUACUCCAGAGCUGUUUCCCCAGACCAAGAAGACAUUCUCAGUUAGAAGACCGCAGUCUGGUUCGCCACGUCCUGACUACGACAGUAUAG